AUGUCAGCCCAAAAGGACAGAUGGAUUUCUUCCUUCUCUUUCCUGCUCUUCUGGACUUCCUCCAUCCCAACAUGGGGAAGUGCAGGGCUGCUGCAGGAGCUGAGCCCCCAGGAGUAUUUCAGGAGCUUGCAACCCGGCAGAGCAUCCCUGGCUUAUUUCAGCCACCAUGUUUCUCCUGGUGGCCAGCCCUUCUUGGAGCAGAUUGAGAACUCAGCCGAGGCCCUCCAGGAUUAUGGCAUUUCAGUGGUGAAGGUUAAUUGUCCCAAAGAGGAUGUCUCAAGAUAUUGUGGAAAAGACAAUGUGUUAAGGAAAGCCUACCUGUUCAGAGGUAACAUGCUGAUCAGAGAGUUUCCCACCGAUGCCUUGUUUGACGUGAACUCCAUCGUUGCUAACGUGUUAUUUGCCUUGCUCUUUAAUGAAGUUAAAUACGUUGAAACACUGAUGGAUCUUCAGAACAUUGAAAAUGCAUUGAAAGGGAGAUCCAACAUGGUCUUUGCCUAUGUACCAGCUACUGGGACAGCAGAGCACAGAGCUGUGAUGGAGGCAGCUUUUGUCUAUGGGACUGUCCACCAGUUUGUUCUGACAACUGAGGCAACGCUGUUGAAAGACACUGGCAAUGAUGAGCCUGAUGUGUCAUCAGCUCGGUUGUUGUUCUGCCACUGCCAGCAGGCCACAGACCUGGCACAGCCCUGCAGGAGGACAGCCAUGGGGCAGGCUCUGACCAUGCUCAACAUCCACAGGCACCUCAAACUCAUGGGAGCUCCUCUGGUGACAGAGGUUGCUGAGGACCCAGAGAAGGUUUCCACCGUUCACUUACAGCUUGGGCUACCACUUGUGUUCAUCCUCAGCCAGAAAGAGACCUAUGAGGCUGACAGGAGGACAGCAGAGUUUGUGGCCUGGCAGCUCUUGGGGAAAGCAGGAGUUGCCCUUUUAUCCAGGGACCAUGUAAAUUUGAACGUUCUCCUCCGCUCAAACGUUGCUCUCAAGACACCAGAUGAGGGAGUGCCAAUCAAAUACCUGGUCUUGGAAGACACUGAUGAAAUUAUAACCCUGGUGGAAGAUAAGAGCAAGGUUGAACAAAUCCAGGAGGGUGAGGAGGAGGAGGAGGAGGAGGAGGAAGAUGAGGAUGAAAAAGAGAACAGUAAUCAAGAUAUUCAGGAUGAUCAGGUGGUGGAAGCAGUUUCCAGGGACAAGAAGAGAGAGCUGCCCCUGGAGCAGAUCCUUGUCCUGACCGAGGAGACCUUCCACUCUGCUCUCCUGGAGACUGCCCGGACGGUGGUGCUCUUUUAUGCCAGCU